AGCCUCUUUACCUUGAGCUUCCAUAGGGAAAGCUUAUUCGAGGUGGAGAGAGCAGGAUAAAAAAGAGCCCCUCACCCUCGUUUGCAAGGGGUUUUGCUCAGAUCCAAGUCAGGCAGUGGGUACUAACAGCGAAGCAACAGGGAAUCCUCAGGGCAGAAGUGAGGGGAUUACAGCAACACUGUGGGACAAUCAGGAUCGGGGGAGCAGAGGGAAAGGCACAGGGGCCAAUGGGGCAUCCUGGAUUAGGGGAUUUCCAAGUGAGGGUUUCAAUUAGGGGUUGGCCCAGGGGCUGAGUGGCAGGGAACAUUCAGGAAAAAGGGACAGGGUUACCUGGACAGGCAGGGAAGGGACUGGGACCAAGGGAGGGGAAUAACUUGAGGGACAGCUUUAAAGGGAGUGUACAACAUAGGGAAAAAAACAACUUGGGGAAGAUGUGGGGGGAUAACAGAAUGAACCAUUUAACAAUAACUUAAUGAAAUAAACACAAAUCGCAACAGGUUCCUGUGUGCUCCACUGCUGUUGGGGUUCCGGGGUGGCCCUUUGUGAUGUGGGACCUGGUGGUGGCCAGAGACCCUUGUGACAUCAGGGAGUUCCGCCAGGGCUGAGGGUCUCCAAGGGGCGCGGAGCCCUGGGGUGCCCAGUUCCAGGAGAGCCGCUCUCUGAAGAGGACGCAGCUCCCUGGCUCUGUCUGUGCCACACGCUGACAGUGAUAGCGGCUGACAGUGACAGACAGCAACAGCGAGGAAGACAAAGGUAACUCCAACUCCCGGUCCCACAGCUCCUUGCCCAGCUGGCUGGAAGCCACCAGCGAGCAGUGGUCAGGGGCAGUGGGCAGCUCAGUCCUGCUGCUUUCACAGACUGAGGAGGAGGAGAGGCUGUUUGACAAAAUGGGCCAAGAUCUUUCCCGGAGGGAAGACAUGGAAGCGACCGACCAGAGAGAAGUUCCAGGAGCCCAAGAAAUGUCCGGGCAGGGAAUGAGGAGCAGCCAAGAGCUGUACCAAAGCCAGAGUCCCACGGAGGCCGAGCCGGCAGCUGCUGCCCCAGCUGGAGAUACUGAGGAGGAGGAGGAGCCCCCUGAGGCUCUCCUGUCCCAAGGGGAAGAUGAGGAUGAUGUCAGCUCCAGUUCCUUGGAGAAGCCACUGGACUCAAUGAAGGAGGAGAAGAACACCCAGACUUGUUCCUCAUCCAGUCACGAGGAGCUGUCCCAGGUCGAAGAGGUCAUCGAGCUCUCUCCAGGGGACAGCAAUAACGAGCCAGAGCUGUCCUCAGUGGAAGAGGCAAUUGAGGACAUCCCAUGGGACAGCACAAGUGACCCGGAGCUGUCCCCAGUGGCAGAGGCCAUCAAGGUUGUUCCAGAGGACAGCACAAGGGACCUGGAGCUGUCCUCAGUGGAAGAGGCCAUCGAGAACGUUCCAGAGGACAGCACAAGUGACCAGGAGCUGUCCUCAGUGGAAGAGGCCAUUGAGAACGUUCCAGAGGACAGCACAAGUGACCAGGAGCUGUCCUCAGUGGAAGAGGCCAUUGAGAACGUUCCAGAGGACAGCACAAGGGAUGAGGAGCUCUCCUCAGUGGAUGAGGACCUGGAGGGCAUUCCAGAGGACAGCUCAAGUGACCAGGAGCUGUCCUCAGUGGAUGAGGACCUGGAGGGCAUUCCAGAGGACAGUGAGAGUGACCAGGAGCUGUCCUCAGUAGAAGAAGACAUCAAGAAAAUACCAGAGCACAGCAUGAGUGACCAGGAGCUGUCCUCAGUGGAAGAGGCCAUCGAGAACAUUCCAGAGGACAGCACAAGUGACCAGGAGCUGUCCUCAGUAGAAGAAGACAUUGAGAAGAUACCAGAGGACAGCAUGAGUAACCAGGAGCUGUCCUCAGUGGAAGAGGACAUUGAGCUCCCUGAAGGGGACAGCACAAGAGAGGAGAAGCUGUCCCCUGUAGUAGAGGACAUCAUGGUCAUUUCCCGGCACAGCCUGACUGCUGAGGAGCAAGUGCUGUCCGGAGGAGAUGUCAUCAGCUGUGCAGAACAUUCAGACUGGGAAGAAUAUCAUGCCCAAAAUGUGUCCAGUGAGAAUGGCAGAAGACCCUCAGGACUCUCCAGCUGGGAAAAUGACAGUGACAUGGGGCUCAUGCAGGAGAACUGGCCUGAGCACGUCAUCUUGGCCAAGCCCCUGUGCCCCGAGGAUGAUGAGUGGGACAAUGUGAGCCUCCUGGAGCUGCCCCCAGAAGACAACCAAGACCAGAAAUGGAAAGUUUUAGUGGCAGAGGGGCUCCCAGUGCCCAUCCCUCGGGAGGCCUGGGCUGAGUGCCCGGCACAGGAGCCGUGCAGCCAAGGGCCGGCGCCUGCCCCGCACAGCCCCCCCAGCCCCUGGCCUGCCCGGCUGGGAGCCCAGGCCCUCCGCGGGCAGCCGGCUGCCCCCGGGAAACGUCCCUCCCGCUUCAGGCGGGCGCUGCGGGCGCUGCGGGGGCUGUUCCGCUGUUCCUGCCUCAGGCCACGGACCGAGGAGUAA